AUGGAUUGCGCCUCCUCAGCAAAGAUGCCAUUGCUAGACGCAACAGCUGUGACCCCCACGGGCGAUUGGAAUGUGUAUUCCCCAGCUGCUCGGAUCGUCUGCUCUACCAACAUCCUUUGGUUCUUCAUCCCAGUGGCUUGGAGUUGGCAGCUUCCCGAGCGUUCGGUUUUGUUGACGAUGUUUUGGGCUGCAGAUGUCUUCCUCCUUGGCGCAGCUUUGAACUACUGGCUGGACGGCACCCGUUACACGUGGAAGAUGUUCCUUGAUAUUAUCGCUGUUGUAACCUUCGGCUGCCUUGGCGCCGCCUACGCGUUGAGCUUGGGGGGUAUGGUGCCUUAUGUUACUGCCAUUCCAGGGUUGGUGUUUGCCAUCUCCUUCAUUGUGAACUGUAUGCAGCUGACGAGCUGCGGAGGAGCAGCCAAGGUCAACACCACAUGGCUGCUCAGUUUCAUCUCUUACCGGUGGGGAGGAUUGGCGUCGGCAAUUAUCGUCACAAGCGUGGCCAACAAUGCGACCCUCCAGUCGAUCUGGACAUCUUGCAUCUACAAGGUGUUGGUUGUUACCGUUGCUUUCUACUUGCACAACCUGAAGGUCUGGUAUGAGACCUUGCCUCUGAACAGGCUCAAGGGUCGAGCAGGUCGAGAGUUUGCGUCUACUGCUCUUCGCUACAUUCUGGAGGUUGGUGUCCUAUGCGCGGUGUGCGCGGCUAUGUGUUCUUGA